AUGGCCCCGAAAGAGGACAUGUUGCCCCCGGGCUGGGAGGAUCUAGACAGGCAAAUGGGCCAGCUCUUUAUGAUGGGCUUCGAUGGGACCUCAGUCAGCCCACAGGUCCGCUCUCUCAUUGAGGACUACCACUUGGGCUCCGUCCUCUUGUCGGCUAAGAAUCUCAAAUCUGCUGAAGAGGCCACCCGGCUGGUGCUCGAGCUGCAGACCAUUGCCCAUGAGGCCGGACACCCCGUACCACUACUCAUUGCAUUGGAUCAGGAGAAUGGCGGUGUCAACAGUUUGUAUGACGAGAUAUACGUCCGCCAAUUCCCGAGUGCCAUGGGCAUCGCGGCCACCGGGUCAAAGGCUCUGGCUCACGAAGUUGCCGUCGCUACAGGCCAAGAACUCAAGGCCGUCGGAGUCAAUUGGAUCCUGGGCCCUGUGCUCGACGUCUUGACCAAUGGUCGAAAUCAGCCCCUGGGCGUCCGUACCACAGGUGACGACCCCCAGGAAGUAUCUCAGUACGGGGUGCAAUAUAUGACAGGGUAUCAGAAAGCAGGGCUUGCGACUUGCGGCAAACACUUUCCUUCCUAUGGGAAUCUGGAAUUUCUCGGAUCUCAUACAGAUGUACCCAUCAUUACGGAAUCUCUGGAACAACUCAGUUUAACCGCGUUGGUGCCUUUCCGUAAUGCCAUCAUGCACGGAUUGGACGGCAUGAUGGUAGGGGGCGUCUCCAUGUCAUCAGCGGGGAUGAAUGUUAUGCAUGCCUGCUUGAGUGACCAAGUAGUGGACGAGCUACUCCGAAAGGACCUCAAGUUCCAAGGGGUGGUCGUCUCCGAAUGCUUGGAGAUGGAGGCAUUAACUCACAACAUCGGAGUGGGAGGCGGAACAGUCAUGGCGAAGAACGCAGGGUGCGAUAUUAUCCUUCUAUGCCGAUCGUUCCCAGUGCAGCAGGAGGCAAUCAACGGACUAAAGCUGGGCGUGGAAAACGGUAUCAUCGGUCGAAAUCGAAUAGAGCAGUCAUUGCGACGCGUUCUGAGCCUCAAGUCACGAUGCACUUCAUGGGAGCAGGCACUCAACCCGCCCGGCCUACUCUCGCUCACCCAGAUGCAACCAUCUCACACCAACCUCUCCACACGUGCAUACAACAACUCUAUUACGGUGAUGCGAGACAAGAACAACCUUCUUCCUCUCUCGAACACCAUUGACGCCGACGAGGAGCUUUUGCUCUUGACUCCCUUGGUCAAGCCGCUCGCCGCUUCAGGAGUCACGCUCGCCGCUAAUGAUAACACACAUGGCCCCAUUGAUCCCUCAACGCUAGAUAGGACCACCUCGGUGAUGACAGGAGAGAAUGUCUUCAAAGAAUUGGGGAGAUCUCUCUCGCGACAGAGGAGCGGCCGUGUAUUGCACACCUCGUACACCUCGAAUGGAGUGCGUCCAAUUCACGAAGAUCUCAUCAAACGAGCGAGCGCAGUCAUUGUGGUCACAGCAGAUGCCAAUCGCAACCUGUAUCAACAAGCCUUCUCGAAGCACGUGUCGUUGAUCUGCCAGUCACAGUGUACGCCGUCUGGCGAGCGAUGCGAGAAACCUUUGAUCGUGGUGGCAGUGAGCUCGCCCUAUGACUUUGCCACGGAUGCUUCUAUAGGCACGUACGUGUGCACAUAUGACUUCACUGAGACGGCGCUGCAGGCGCUAGUCAAGAUUUUAUACGGCGAGCUGACGCCCACGGGGGUACUGCCCGGUUCGAUUAGUCGCAGCCAGAAAAUUCAUCAAUCGCGCCAGCACUGGCUUGUUGAGAAUUGGAACGAGGAACGUGACGCUGCUGCGCUGGAUGCCCUUCUGGACGCGAUUCGGGAAGACUGUGUGCAGGGUCAACGGUCCGAGCUCCUCGGUGCGACCUCUAACAGCUUCCUUUUGCGCAAGGAGGAUAUUGACGAGGCGCACUUUGUGGUCCGUAACAGCAGCACGCAAGCGCUCUAUGGGUUCUGUGCCACCUACUUCUUUCGGUCAACUGGCACCGGCGUCAUCGGGUGUCUGAUCGUCGAUCCGGCCCGGCGGAAGCUUUCCAUCGGGCACUCCCUUCACAGCCGUGCCAUCCGCACUCUUCUCCAGCGCAAGGGCCUGAAGCGGUUCCAGCUCGGGUCCCGACUGCCCGGCAUCUACCUGGGCAUCCCAACCGUCAGUCCUGUUGAACGUAAACGACUGCGCCAGUGGUUUGCGGACCUUGGAUGGAACACAGCUCUCUCGCGUCCCGUCUGCAGUGUGGUACUGCGCAACUUGGGGACGUGGACGGCCCCUGACGGCCUGACGGCAACUUUGCAGAAUGCCGAGGUCAUCUACGAUCUGGUCUACGGGUGGGACUUUGCGCGUGCGAUCCUCGACCACAUCCGCACCAAUGCGCGGCAGGGCGUCACAGACAUCUACCGCAUUGCCCUGGGUGGAGCCCCCAAUUGUGGCAUCAUCCGGGCUAAGCGCUCUUCGGACGAGAUGAUGCUCGGCAGUAUCGUGAUAUACAACGAGCGGUCAGCAUUGGCCGAGCACAUGCCCGCUCUUCGCGCGACCCCGCCACCCGUUGGGGGCAUCUCGUCGCCCGUGGUUUCUCCGUAUGCGGAAGACUAUUCGACCGUCAUGCAGGGGCUGAUCCUGCUGGCGAUUAAACAAAUCCGCAAGUUGAAUGCCAAUGCUGUCGUGAUGGACUGUGUGGAUGGCGAUGGCAAUUUUGACUGCCUUUCCUCGAUGGGUUUCAGCAUGCUCCACAGUUUUGAGGAGGUCAACUGCGAUGCAGCCAGCUGGACGAUGAUGCACGCAUCGUAG